AAGCUGCUAGUGACCACUAAAGAAGCGCAUAUCGAAGUACCGCCGCGGUAAGCUUCAAAUAAAUCGUCUCUAAAAGCAGUGAUAUACAACAUAACCUCUAACAUUAUAGGUCACUACACCUUCGUACAUUCCGUACAACUUAUUAUUACAAGUGCCUUCUAGUUGUGUGACAGUUAAAUACUGAACAAAUUUUGUAUUCUUCACACCUGGAAUAAAUUAACAAAAUUAAACUGGUUUCACUGUCUCGCAACAUCAUACAAAAUUUGUUCAAUGGCGAGCACGACAUUGAAUAACGAGAAACUAGCGGAUCAAGAUGCUAACGUACGAAGCGAAAAAGUAAACACGGUAGAACAAGAAAUUCCAACGACGGGUAACAACACAAUAUCCACCAUCGUCCCGGAAGAAAACAAGCUCGGCGCUAAACCUAAACAAGUCAAGGCACUUAAGAUAGCGACGAAAUCUAAAACCAAACGCAAUCCACUACGAACGGUAAGGAAACGUAAAGAUUUUCACUGUGGCAAAUGCGAUGAACGGGACACUAGUAGGAUGGUGCUUUGUGACCAAUGUGAGGUUUGGUACCAUUAUUCCUGUGUGGAAGUAACACCCAGUGUAGCGGAUCAAACAAAUUGGAAGUGCCCAUUAUGUGAGACUAUCACAAGUAAAAGUAAGCCAGCGAAUAAGGAGAAAACUAUAGUAGUUCAGAAUCCGGAAACCAAACCCGAUGAUCAUGAUGAAGUCAAGUCUAUCAGGAGUUCGAUUAUCUCUAGCAGCAGUACGAGGAGGAUCGCUGAACUUCGGUUGAAGAAACUAAAGGCCCUGACGGAACUUAAGCAACACUACGUAGAGCAAAAAUUCUUGAUCCUAGAAGAGGCCGCCCUGGAAGAAGGCACAGUUGAUGACCGCAGCGAAAUAGAUAAAUUAUCGGCGAUCGAGAGUUGGAUCGAUAAAACUAACCUGGGUAGGAGUGAAUCUGUCUUGAUAGCUGGAAGCGACCCGAUUGAAGAAAUUAACCUGCCUAAAAUCAAUCAACUGCAGAUCAACCCUGCCCCGUCUCGGAACAAGAAUGCGUACGUACCACAUGAAUUCAACCCGGAAAAGCGUUCUACACCGUUAGCUGAAGUCGCAAGGAAUCGUGACCGUGACAUACACUCUGUUGGAACAAUUUCUAUAUCUAAACAAAGCAAGGAUGAAGUUCCUACCAAUUUACAACAUUCUUUGUAA